UCCGAUCGUAUCUCAGAACCUGCAGUCCUAUACCGAGGCAGUUGUAAAGAGGUGAUCCUAUAAAAUCCUCUUGUAGAUUCAGAAAGUCCUAUUGCUUAAUAUGAUAAUAAGUGACCGCCUUUUCUCUUUUUUAUGACAGCAGUUGUGAACCAGCAUAAGCUGAUGUCAAUUGGGACGAGUUGGGACUCAUUCUCAUCCCGGCCGAUUAUAUGUACAUGAUGCAGUGCACCGAUGGUGAGAGCUUUUUGCAUGGAGCUCUUGCUCGCUAUUCCAAGCUUGAGCUUGAUCCUUCUGCUGCGAUCCUCAACUACGGACAGGGAUUGCUGGAAGGCCUAAAGGCACAACGGGCAAAAAAUGGUCAGAUCCUGCUCUUUCGGCCAGAAGAGAACGGCUUGCGCAUGAAGAUGGGGGCCGAAAGGCUUUGCAUGCCAUCACCAUCCGUAGAGCAAUUCGUUGACGCCUUGAGGCAGACUGUCCUAGCCAACCAGCAUUGGUUUCCUCCUCCAGGAAAAGGAUCAUUGUAUGUUAGACCUUUGCUCAUCGGAAGUGGACCUGUUUUGCGCAUGGGGCCAGUGCCAGAAUAUACAUUUCUGGUAUAUGCUUCACUGGUUAGUAAUCUGCAUAAGGGUCAGAUGUCCAUGAAAUUGGUCAUCCAGGAUAAGUCCCAUAGAGCUACUCCUGGAGGAACCGGGGGAAUCAAAUCCAUCACAAACUACUCCCCUGUAAGCCAUCGAACAGCAAAAAUUUCUGCUCAUCACAUAAUUUGAAUGACUAGUGCUCUGCCUCUGCUCAUGCGAAUGCAUCAGUUUCAUAUAGAGAUCUACUCUUAGUGGCAUUUCUAUGUGGGUGACUACAAGUUUCUUCAACAGGUUUUCAAGCCCAUAAGUGAAGCA